GGUCAGGCUUGGCCAGGAUGCUGGUGGGCCAGCUCUGGAGAGCUAUCAGCAAGGCGCUGUUUGCCGAGUUCCUGGCUACAGGGCUGUACGUGUUCUUCGGUGUGGGCUCGAGUCUGCCCUGGCCCUCGGCGCUUCCCACGGUGCUACAGAUCGCCAUCACCUUCAACCUGGUCACGGCCAUGGCUGUGCAGGUCACCUGGAAGGCCAGCGGGGCCCACAUCAACCCUGCUGUGACGCUGGCCUUCCUAGUGGGCUCCCAAAUCUCCCUGCCCCGUGCCAUGGCCUAUGUGGCUGCUCAGCUGGCGGGGGCCACUGUGGGGGCCGCGGUGCUUUAUGGGGUCGUACCAGGAGACAUCCGAGAGACCCUUGGGAUUAACAUGGUCCGGAGCAACGUCUCAACUGGCCAGGCCGUGGCAGUGGAGCUGGUUCUGACCCUGCAGCUGGUGCUCUGUGUUUUUGCUUCCACUGACAGCCGUCAGGCAUCGGGCUCCCCAGCUAUCAUGACUGGGAUCUCUGUGGCAUUGGGCCAUCUCACUGGGAUCUACUUCACCGGCUGCUCCAUGAACCCGGCCCGCUCCUUUGGCCCCGCCAUCAUCCUUGGGAAGUUCGCGGUCCAUUGGAUCUUCUGGGUGGGACCCCUGACAGGAGCUGUCCUGGCUUCGCUGAUCUACAAUUUUAUCCUGUUCCCUAACACCAGAACCGUGGCCCAGCGACUGGUCAUCCUCAUGGGCACUGAAGAAGUGGAGAAAGUGACAGGGGUAGAGCCCGAGAAGAAAGAAUCCCGCUCCAGUUCAGGGGAUACUGAAAUGGGGAACGUGUGUCAGAUAAUAUAG